GGGGGUGAGAGGGUUGUGGAGGAAGAAGAGGAAGAUGAAAGAGGGGGGCUAUCAGACCUAAUGGUGUGGGUGGGACUUUCUCUACCUAUAAGGCCAGGGCUAAGAGAUAGUCAAUCAGUCAGAACGGUUGGGCAGCACAUGACGACUUCUAUACCUAAAGACGUUCAAAUCUGAAAACUUCAACAGCUGAAGAUGAGGUUGAGUCUGGUGUUCUCUUCUCUGCUCUGUGUAGCCACAUGGAUGACCGGGCUCGAUGCAAGCUUUGGACCAGUCAACACUUGCUGUCUUCAGCUGACUCAGAAAAGAAUCCACCAAAACGUAGUGGACUACACCGUACAGACUACAGCACUGUGUCCCAUCGAAACCAUAGUGUUACACACCGUAGAAAGGAAGAGGAUCUGCGGUGACCCAGGAAGUGAUUGGGUGAGGAAGGCCAUGGCAAAGGUGGACGAAAUCAAGACAAUCAAGAGAGAGGAGGAGGAAGGAAAGGAGGGCGAGACAGUGACCAAGGCACCGGCAGUGCCACGUAAACAGGGAAAGGGACAAAAGAAGGGAGGCAAAAAAGGAAAGGGGAAAGGAGGGAAGAGGGGAGGAAAGAGAGAGGGAAGAGGGCGCAAGAGAACUGGUGUACCAAAACCAAUUGUGUAACUGAGCACAAUUGAUGUUAGGUCUAAAUCGUGGACUUCUGCCUGUAGGAGGAGAGCAAGAUAAAAAUAAAAAAAAGUUAAAAAGUAGUACAGUGGCAAGGACAUCUACCGAUGUUGACAUGUUGUAAAUCAAAUUUUAUCCAUGAGUACAUUUCUUUUUUUUUCAUGAGGACUUGACACAAAGUUGUUUUUUACUCCCUGUGUCACUGAUACAUGGGACCAAUGCUGUUUUAGUAAACGUUUUUAUCUUACUUUUAUUCUUGCACUGGCUGCCACUAGCGCAUGUUUGAAAAAAGGUUUAGGCUAUUUGGGAUGAUGGUGGUAUGUUGCCUCACCUACCUUUGUGGAAUGUAGCCUAGUUUUUAUAUACUUCUGAUAAUUGACUAUAAUGUACAUCUCCACAUGGCCUAUCUUCCCUAUAGGCCUAGACUUAGAAUAAAAUGCAAUCAAAAUGCAAACAAUACAGUUUUCGUUUCAUCGCUGAUGCUAUGUGUCAGUGUGAAUCGUUUCUCAUAUUUCCCCCCUUUCAGGGAUAUAACAUUAAAAUUGUAUAGCUAAUAGGCUUUGUGUUUGUAGAUCGACUGAGGUGAAUGAACCUACUGCAGCCAAGGUGAUAAUGUUCUCCAAAUACAAUUUUAAUGUUUUUUAGUUGUAUAGAAUUAUUUCUAAAGUUGAAGCUCCUUUACUGCAUCCGGACCUCACUAAAACUCAAACCCUGGUUACGGCCCUGACAACAGGUGCCGGGGAGAGAAGUAUGGGUAGAAGUGUAUUUAAGCUGGCUCUGAAGGAAUACACUGAAAGUUCAUGUGAAACAGUCAAGUGGUUGAUCUGAAUACCAUUUAACCCACACGUCCCUGCUCACUUCAACAGCGCUAUGAUAAAUUAGUAGAAUGUACGUGUAAAUAACAUGCUUGUCUGUGUUAAAGUUACAUUUGUAUCUAUUACCUACCCUGCUAUCUUAAAUUGUCUUUAUAUUUGUAAUUUGUAAUACGUGUUUAUGUUAAGUCAAUAAAACUAUAUUAUCAUGAUAA